GUGGGUGAACGCGGCCCUCUGUAAUGGCGGAGCGUGGCGGGGACGGGGGGGACGGUGAGCGGUUCAACCCGGGGGAGCUCAGGAUGGCUCAACAGCAGGCCUUGAGGUUCCGAGGCCCGGCUCCCCCCCCAAAUGCGGUGAUGCGAGGCCCUCCUCCUCUCAUGCGGCCUCCCCCGCCCUUUGGUAUGAUGCGAGGCCCACCUCCACCCCCGCGGCCCCCGUUUGGACGUCCUCCUUUUGAUCCUAAUAUGCCACCCAUGCCUCCCCCAGGAGGGAUUCCUCCACCUAUGGGCCCUCCGCACCUCCAGAGACCACCUUUCAUGCCUCCACCCAUGGGGACCAUGCCGCCCCCCCCGGGUAUGAUGUUCCCCCCAGGAAUGCCUCCUGUGACUGCUGCCGGUGCUCCAGCACUACCUCCUACUGAGGAGAUAUGGGUGGAAAAUAAGACUCCAGAUGGGAAGGUUUAUUAUUAUAAUGCUCGGACACGUGAGUCUGCAUGGACCAAGCCAGAUGGAGUUAAGGUUAUUCAGCAGUCAGAACUGACACCUAUGCUUGCAGCCCAGGCGCAGGUGCAGGCCCAGGCGCAGGCCCAGGCUCAGGCGCAGGCGCAGGCCCAGGCCCAGGCCCAGGCCCAGGCCCAGGCCCAGGCUCAGGCGCAGGCCCAGGCCCAGGCCCAGGCCCAGGCGCAGGCCCAAGCACAAGCACAAGCAGUGGGAGCUUCCACCCCUACUACCAGUAGUCCAGCACCUGCAGUAUCCACUUCAACUUCAUCAUCCACCCCAUCCUCUACCACUUCGACCACCACAACUGCCUCUUCAGUUUCGCAGACAGUAUCAAAGUUUCCAGUUUUUCUAAUUGAGGAGGCAAGAAUAAUGCAUGUGAAACAAUUAGAGAAUAGCAUGCAGAGUUAUGCAGCGAAAAUAGAAGAUGUAAGAAUUCAAGAAAACGGAGAGACAACACCCACAACACAAGAUCAGACCCCAAGUUCUGCUGUUUCAGUUGCCACGCCUACAGUUAGUGUUUCAACUCCUGCUCCUACAGCCACGCCUGUGCAAACCGUACCCCAGCCGCACCCCCAGACGCUACCUCCUGCCGUUCCUCAUUCAGUACCUCAGCCAGCAGCAGCUAUACCUGCCUUUCCACCAGUCAUGGUACCUCCGUUUCGUGUUCCCCUUCCUGGCAUGCCAAUUCCACUUCCAGGUGUAGCAAUGAUGCAAAUAGUCAGCUGCCCGUAUGUAAAGACAGUCGCUACCACCAAGACCGGUGUGUUGCCAGGAAUGGCCCCUCCCAUUGUACCCAUGAUACACCCCCAGGUUGCUAUUGCAGCCUCACCUGCUACCUUAGCUGGGGCAACAGCAGUUUCUGAGUGGACCGAAUAUAAAACAGCAGAUGGGAAGACCUAUUAUUAUAAUAAUAGGACAUUAGAGUCAACCUGGGAAAAGCCCCAAGAACUGAAGGAAAAAGAAAAAUUAGAGGAGAAGAUCAAAGAGCCAAUUAAAGAACCUUCUGAAGAGCCUCUGCCAAUGGAGACAGAGGAGGAGGAUCCUAAAGAAGAGCCGAUCAAGGAGAUAAAGGAGAAAGAAAGGGCCUUGGACCAGAGCUUGGACCUGAUGUCCAGUCUCCUGACUUGUAGACUGGAGCCCAAAGAAGAGGAGAUGACUGAAGAAGAAAAGGCUGCCCAGAAGGCAAAGCCGGUAGCUACUACCCCUAUUCCGGGUACUCCAUGGUGUGUUGUUUGGACGGGUGAUGAGCGCGUCUUCUUUUACAACCCUACCACCCGUCUGUCCAUGUGGGACCGGCCCGAUGAUCUGAUUGGAAGGGCAGACGUUGACAAAAUUAUUCAGGAGCCCCCUCAUAAGAAAGGCAUGGAAGAAGUGAAGAAGCUAAGGCACCCGACCCCAACAAUGCUGUCCAUCCAAAAGUGGCAGUUCUCGAUGAGUGCAAUUAAAGAAGAACAAGAGUUAAUGGAAGAAAUGAAUGAAGAUGAACCUGUUAAAGCCAAAAAGCGGAAGAGAAUGUCAAAGAAGUCCUUUAUGUGGAUUGCCCGAGCUUCUCUAUUUAGGAGAGACGAUAAUAAAGACAUUGAUUCAGAGAAAGAAGCUGCCAUGGAAGCUGAAAUUAAAGCUGCCCGAGAAAGGGCCAUUGUCCCUCUGGAGGCCCGAAUGAAGCAGUUCAAGGACAUGCUGCUAGAGAGAGGGGUGUCUGCUUUUUCAACAUGGGAGAAGGAGUUACACAAGAUAGUUUUUGAUCCUCGGUACUUACUGCUCAAUCCAAAAGAGAGGAAACAGGUAUUUGAUCAGUAUGUAAAGACCAGGGCAGAGGAAGAACGCAGGGAAAAGAAAAACAAAAUAAUGCAAGCCAAGGAAGAUUUCAAAAAAAUGAUGGAAGAAGCAAAAUUUAAUCCAAGAGCUACUUUUAGUGAAUUUGCAGCCAAGCAUGCUAAAGACUCAAGAUUCAAAGCAAUUGAAAAGAUGAAAGAUAGAGAAGCCUUGUUUAAUGAAUUUGUGGCAGCUGCAAGGAAGAAAGAGAAAGAAGAUUCGAAGACUAGAGGUGAGAAGAUUAAAUCGGAUUUCUUCGAACUGUUAUCUAAUCAUCACUUGGACAGUCAGUCUCGAUGGAGCAAAGUCAAAGAUAAAGUAGAAAGUGACCCACGUUACAAAGCGGUGGACAGCUCCUCGAUGCGAGAGGACCUCUUCAAGCAGUACAUUGAGAAGAUGGCCAAGAAUUUGGACUCAGAAAAAGAGAAGGAGCUUGAAAGGCAAGCCCGCAUUGAGGCAAGCCUUCGAGAACGAGAAAGAGAGGUUCAGAAGGCUCGUUCAGAACAAACAAAAGAAAUAGAUCGGGAGCGAGAGCAACAUAAAAGAGAAGAAGCUAUCCAGAAUUUCAAGGCUCUUCUGUCUGAUAUGGUACGUUCUUCAGAUGUGUCCUGGUCUGAUACCCGGAGGACUCUUCGGAAAGAUCACCGCUGGGAAUCUGGAUCCUUGUUGGAAAGAGAGGAGAAAGAGAAGCUUUUUAAUGAACACAUCGAAGCCCUUACCAAAAAGAAGAGGGAGCACUUUAGGCAACUUCUGGAUGAAACUUCUGCAAUUACCUUAACAUCCACGUGGAAAGAAGUGAAAAAAAUCAUUAAAGAAGAUCCUCGGUGCAUUAAGUUCUCCUCCAGUGACAGGAAAAAGCAAAGAGAGUUUGAAGAAUACAUCAGAGACAAAUACAUCACAGCCAAAGCUGACUUCAGGACGCUCUUGAAAGAGACCAAAUUUAUCACCUAUAGAUCCAAAAAGCUAAUCCAGGAAUCCGAUCAGCACCUGAAGGAUGUAGAGAAAAUUCUGCAGAACGACAAACGGUAUCUGGUGCUAGACUGUGUACCAGAGGAGCGGCGCAAGCUGAUCGUGGCGUACGUGGACGACCUGGAUCGCCGGGGUCCCCCCCCGCCUCCCACGGCGUCAGAGCCCACCAGACGAUCAACGAAAUAGUUCUUACUACUCUUCCAUAGGGGUGUCUGUUAACUCAAAACGCUUGCAUGAGCCAAUUUUCAGGUUUUUCCAUGUACGUGCAUUAGUCAGACUAUUGCGAAACCAUCUGAUGAACAGAAGGAGAAGCAUUUGUGAACAGUUUCUGAACAGAGAACACUUUGGAAAUAUUUAUGCUUUUCUUUGUGUGGCAUGACUGACAUACAUACUCAAAUAUAGGCUGUCUCUAGUAAAUAAAAUCUUGAAGCUAAAAAAAAUCAUCCUUUUAUGAGGUGUGGAAGUCAGUGACUUGGUGGCGUUCUUUCUAGCAGUGUUACACAUGCAAGGCGUGAGAGCAUUUGUGGUUUGAACUUACAAAAUGCAAAAUACCACAGACUCCAAAAAAACCUAAGCUGGGGUUUGUUCUGUUUUGAUUUAGUUUUUUAAAGCGGGUAAAAGAAAAAACACUGAAAAUUGAAUACUUAUCUUCCAGAGGCCUAAUGGACAUACUUUUACCUUCGUCUCUAAAGAACACCUUAGUUUCAUUUGUUCACUUUUGUGCUUUGAUUCUCCCCUUUGAGUUAUAGGCCCAAGUCUUGUUGUUUAGCCUAAGAGAAGAUGUAUUUAGUAAUGUCUUCUCGGGUGUGGAACCACGGUCAUAGCUGACAUGUUGGCCGGACUAGGACUCCUGGUUAAACCCAUUUUAUUCACCAUUAAGUCAUCUUUAUCAAUAUUCUGGAUUAGACAACAAAUGACCUUUCUUGGGUGUUCCCUGUAAGCUGUCCUCCUGUUUGAAUGUUAAAUUUUUGUUUCUAAAGUUUAAUUUUAAGAUGUUUGAAUGUUCAGUUUAUGUAUUUGAAUUACAAUAAACCAGCCCUUUUUAUAUA